CUCCGAAUGCUGACAAAAUCACAUCGGAACCAUGGCAAGCCGUGAUUCUUGAUUAACCCUUACCCUGGAAUCACCACGCAAUGACGAGCAUACAUAGACCUUACUAUGGUUAACGUGCGACCGUCCGACAUGCUACGACGCACACUAAAUACCCUAGCCUAGGGUGCAGCGUCAGGUUCCCCAUGCUUGUGACAUUUUCACUCAUACCGCCCCGAGCAUAUUCUUCCGGAUCUUGUAGCCAAAAUCGCUUUCAAUGAUUGAAUAAAUGACUUGAAUCGUCAUCUUUGGGAGCAGGUGACUGGUCCUUGACUUUUGAGGGUCGUCGAGCGCCAUGGCCUGGGUCGCAGGAUUACUUAACUCGGCAAUCAGCCCCAACACUGCCGCUCUGGCUUGGCUGUCCUACGACGUCGUUCGCCCAUCGUCCACCAACGUCAGUAUCUUUGCCGGGUGGAUCCUGUGGAAGAACCAGAAUGCCGUCUUUGGUCUUCUUGGUGUGCCAAAUCCAACCAUCGGCGCCUGGCUAAGUGCCCUCGUCGGCGUAGGCUCCGGAUUCCUUCUACUUCGGGUUUGGAAUUGGCUGCUACGGCCGCCACCUAGGAUAAUUCCGACUCCUUGCGAAUGGCCCGGGAAACCACUUUUGGUUCCAUCGAGGACGACACACUCUCGGAUGUUUCCCGAGAAGCACUCAUUUUCAUACUCGUAUCUUCUCGUGGGGAUUCCUGUCGGCUGGACCGGGGCCGCCGGUGGCUUGGUGUCUGCUGAUACUCCUUUGCAGAGAGGUUGGUACGAUGUUGACGCUGCAGAUUACCUCGCCAGAGGAAGAGGCUACCUUGGACUGAGAGGCAAGCUCGAUGAAUAUUUACAGUCUCAGGGAGUCAAACCAGAGCUUUAUCCGUUUGCAUACUUGGUCACUGCCGCUAAAUUUCUUGGCUAUCAUUUUAAUCCCGUAUCAUUUUGGUACCUGUACGACUCCAACAAGGUGUUUUCGGCGAUGAUCCUCGAGGUCAACAACACUUUUGGCGAAAGGCGAAUGUACUUUCUCCUCCCUUCGGAACCCAGAGCCAUCUCCAAUAUAGAUGCAAAUGGAGCAGCAGAUGCUGCAGCAGAAGCUUUGACACAAAAGCCCACCAGGUUCACCCAGACAUGGCCCAAGGACUUUCAUGUUUCGCCAUUCAACUCACGCAAAGGAUCUUAUUCUGUCAGCGCAAAGGACUUUCUUGGACCAAACAUGCAAGGCCCUGGACAUGUAGAUGUCAAUAUUGUGCUGAAGUCGUCGAAGGGUCAUGGGAAGCUGGUGGCCAGAAUAUUCUCAGAGGGAAACACCAUAGACCCCGUCAGUCUGGGAGCCUGGCAGCGACUUGGUUUCCUGGCACGUUGGUGGUGGGUAGGCUUCGUCACCUUCCCGAGGAUCGUUAAGGAGGCAGGUCGUCUUUUCUUCCAGAGAAAGCUGCAUGUUUGGUAUCGCCCCGAGCCGCUCAAAGACAGUAUUGGGCGGAUGGCGGAUGAGACAGAGAGAAGGCUGGAGGCCGUGUUCAGGUUUUAUCUGAAAUACCACGUCGUAGCCAAAGCAGACUCUGCUUUGGCGGUGAGAUACUACGCGAGUGGUACGGAGGAUGGCGCAGGAGAUCUUAUGGUUUCUGAUGUGGCCCAGCGACAGGGACAUUGGGGAGAUGAAGAAAUCACUUUCAAAGUCCUUACUCCAGCGUUCUACUCCAGAUUUGUCGGAUACGCGCAUGAUCUCGAAGCAUUUUUCUGCGAGCUCAGGGACAGCGAGACUAUAUGGGUUUCAAAACCGGAGCUGCUGCCAAAACUGGCUCUUAAGGCACCAUCACCAACCCUGCAAGCUUCAAGUUUCAUGGACUUUGUAUCCUUCAGGGUCAUACAAAUCCUGCGGCGACGGCCAGAGCGCAUCGAGCGGCCUUUGACUUCUAGCCAGACCACGGAUACCAACAACGGACAGAUCAAAAGCGGCGAUUUGAGAGGCUUCCGGAUUUCGCCCAUGGAUGCCUAUGUGCUAUCCUCAGAAGACGCAAUGUCGAAGGAAUCAUACAGAAGCACUGUUUUGAGGCUUUUCCUCGCGGACAGGAUGGCUUUUGGAAUCAUGCCGCUUUACGAUACCCUGCUGUUUGCACUGCGAGCGGCAUUUGCCGGUGUCUUGGUUUUCUCCAUAGAUAAGAUUAUGGCGAGAAUAAGAUAGAUGCUAAUAUUAACUAGAGGGAAAGGUUUUAUUAUUGCAGACUACAUUCGACAUUGGAAACCUGUAAUACGAGGUGACGCCUUGACAUCAAAUCAGGCCAUAAGUGGUGCUACCAUUGUCUCGGCUCACUUAAUCCAGGAAACGCAAUAAUAUCAACCAGCUUCACCUAGACUAGCUGUUUCUAACAAAGUUUGAACUCGGGCAUAUGGGAGAGAUGACCCAAGGUAUUGCAUACAGCAAAGCCAUGAGCUGUACCCUGACUUGGCUGAUUGGUAUAUCGAAAGUGUGUCCCGGUGGGGUAUGCAUGCCAUCGGACUCAUCAAAUACAACCACAGUGGACAUGCAAUUCCAAAUAAUACCCUGCCAGCUUGGGUUUCUUUUCAGCAUUAUAACCAACUACGGAAUACGGAGUAAUCACAACACAUUGUAACCUGGCGGGUUGGUGCGGGGCUUGGUGACAAAUAAUGCAAGCUUGCUACUGGUC